CUAUCUAGGAAAAAUCCAAAGAAGUAGUUAGCACUUAGUUGGGGGCAGUCUAUGAACAAGUAAGGAAAAGCGAGUCACUGCAAACCCAUAAAUCUCUUAUGUAAACAACUGAGUUCCAUUCUCACAUUCUCACUCAGAUCACACCUUCGCCAUGAAACCUCUUCCAAUUGCUCUUCCUACAUUCGAUUCUCUUCAACUCAUGUUCCUUUCACUGGUUCUUUUGCCUCUUGUCGUUUCUGGAGUUUCAGAUAAUUCGGCAAUUCCGAGAGAUAUCAGUAGAUAUCGACCAUUGUAUGAGUGUGAGCAAUGUCAAGGAAGAAAGGAAGAUGGUUCUUCAGUUACUGGACUUGGUACUCUUUUAGAUCAACAGGAUUUUGACAUAACAGUGAUGUAUACUGACCCUUCUGGUGCUGUGCGGCUUAGAAAGGUGAAAGGCAGGGACUUAUCUUCUUCUUGGGUCUUGGAACACCCAAAUAACGCAAACAGUGAUCAGCCACAGAGGUUGGAGAUUCUAAAGGACUCAUUUCAAUCUGUGGAAUUGAGAGAGACAGAUGAGCUUCGAUCAGGAGAAGAUGAUGUCCUACAUCCUAAUCAGUUGUCUAUGAGUCCAGUGAAGCUCAUGCGGCAGAAAAUGCGGCAAGAAAGAAUGAAUCUUCGAACUGCUGAGCUACUACGCCAAGAUAAAGAAGCUGAUGACCAGAUGGUAGCAGCAGCAAUUGAACGCUCUAGAAAUCUUGACACUACUGUCAAGGGAAAAUACAGCAUAUGGAGGAGAGAUUAUGAUAAUCUGAACUCUGAUUCUACCUUGAAACUUAUGCGAGAUCAGAUCAUAAUGGCAAAAGCUUAUGCAAACAUUGCCAAAGAAAAUAAUGAUACGAGUACUUUUGAUGCCCUCAUGUUACAGUCCAAAAGAAGCCAUCAUGCUAUUGGAGAAGCAAGUUCUGAUGCUGAGCUUCAACCAAGUGCACUUGAGCAUGCAAAAGCAAUGGGUCACAUUCUCUCCAUGGCAAAGGACAAAUUAUAUGACUGCCCUGUAAUGGCAAGGAAGUUUAGGGCCAUGCUUCAAUCAACAGAAGACAAUGUGAAUGCGCAAAGAAAGAAAAGUGCGUUCUUGAUCCAGCUUGCAGCAAAAACAGUUCCGAAACCCCUACAUUGCCUUCCUCUGCAACUUGCAGCGGAUUACUUCCUGCAGGGCUUUCAUAAGAGAGAGGAUAUUAACACUGAAAAGCUUGAAGAUAAUUCUCUCUACCAUUAUGCAAUUUUUUCAGAUAAUGUACUGGCAACAUCAGUGGUUGUAAAUUCUACUGUACUGCACGCAAAUGAACCCGAGAAACAUGUUUUCCACAUAGUCACGGAUAAACUGAAUUUUGUUGCUAUGAAAAUGUGGUUUCUGAUCAACUCUCCUGCUGGAGCAACUAUCAAGGUUGAAAACAUUGAUGAAUUUAAGUGGCUGAAUUCCUCUUACUGCUCUGUUCUUCGCCAGCUUGAAUCUGCCCGAAUGAAAGAAUAUUAUUUCAAGGCAAACGAUCCUUCCUCCCUUUCUGUGGGUUCUGACAAUCUCAAAUACAGAAAUCCAAAAUAUUUAUCCAUGCUGAAUCACCUUAGAUUUUAUCUUCCUGAAGUUUACCCGAAGUUGGACAAAAUUCUAUUCUUGGAUGAUGAUAUAGUAGUCCAGAAGGAUUUAACUCCUCUUUGGUCUGUGGAUUUACAAGGGAUGGUUAAUGGUGCUGUAGAGACCUGUAAGGAGAGCUUCCAUAGGUUUGAUAAGUAUCUCAAUUUCACCAAUCCAAAGAUCUCCGACAACUUCGAUCCAAAUGCCUGUGGUUGGGCAUACGGCAUGAAUAUAUUCGAUUUGAAAGAGUGGAAGAAAAGAAACAUUACUGGAAUUUAUCAUCGCUGGCAAGAUUUGAACGAAGAUAGAACUCUUUGGAAACUAGGCUCGUUGCCACCAGGACUGAUCACCUUUUACAAUCUCACUCAUCCACUCGAUCGAGGCUGGCAUGUGUUGGGGCUUGGCUACGACCCUGCUCUAAACCAAACGGCAAUAGAGGAUGCGGCUGUCAUUCAUUACAACGGAAACUACAAACCAUGGUUGGAUCUUGCUAUCUCCAAGUACAAGGCAUACUGGUCUAAAUACGUAAUGUUUGAUAACCCUUAUCUUCAAAAUUGUAACAUUAGUGAAUAAUGGUUCUUUUUCAUACUUUCCUUUCUUCUAACACCCUGUAACUCACACCUUUGUAUACCAAUUUUUUUUAGGGGGGCCAAGAGUCACUCUUGUAAAACCUGAUAACCAUAGAGAGAAAUAUAAUUUUGUUUAGUUUUUAUAUGGUAAAA